AAACGUGAGCGAUUCGACGACUCUUCCGAUAGGGAGGGGGCGGUUUCUCUCUCGCUGGUACUCUCGUGCUUUCGCUUUUUCGAGUCCAGUGUGUUUCGCCACCCGAGAAACCCGUGUGCCUUGCGUUUGAACGUCAAGUGACAGAGAACUGACCUUAAUUCACAAGCACGAGUAUGGCCGCUCAAAGGGCAAUGUUUGUGAACAAACAGUUCAAUUCUCCAAUCAAUUUGUAUUCGCCACAAGCGAUACAAGAAACUUUGGAUAGGCAAACCCAUGUUUUGGCUAAUGGUGCAGUCGGAAUCGACUUCAACCAGUUAGCCAAGCCGGCGAAUCUACAAAACAGUGCGGUUCUACGAAUGCUCGAGGAGGAAGAGGCGAGGCAAAGAAGCGGUCAGCCAAGCCUUAAACGCGUGGCUUGGCCGCCACCUCCAGAGGAUCAGGACUUUGAUUUCAUAGAACAGGGACCAGUGCAAGCGAAGACCCGUGGAAUCGGUGAUCGCGCCUCGUACCAGAGCAGUCCCUCGUCAGGUUCGUCGCCUCAACCGCCCUCGACGAUCGCUCGUUCGUCGACUCAGAGUGCCGUCCCGUCGUCCCCGUCACCGGUUAGUCCUGGCGGAACUCUACGACAGCCUUCGCACUUUCAACAUCAUCCCGUGCAGAAGGGCUGGGCGCCGGUAACACCCCCUGCGACCUCCCCGAUAUCGCAACAACCGAUUCAUCCGGUUUCGUGGUCCGGACAACAGCAACAACCGAAUCACCUUCCUCAGCAACCCCUCCAAAACAAUUACUCGUCGCAACGACAACCGCAAAGUCAAGCGGCCCCAGCUGUAUUCGAAGCACCGCCAUCCACGAUCACACUUCGCCCGGAGCCUCCAAUCUCACAGGCACCAGCGCCAGUUUAUCAAGCUCAACCUGCCGCAACAAAGGCUCCAGUUAGUGGAAACAUGAGAGGAGACCUGAAAUGGCCACCGCCAUCGGUGAAAGCUCAAACGGAAGCCGAAAACAAAGCCAGGAUGGAUUUGGCAAAAGGACCUGCUGUCAGGCCUCGAAGAGUAAAUAAAGAUUAUAGCGGUUUCUUCGCUCAACACGCCUUGACCAAUACGUACCCUGGUUACCGAGCUCCGCCAGGCACUCAAUACUUCACCCCCUCCUAUCAACAUUAGCGAAUCUAUUUCACAAUUAUUUACCUCUUUCGAAACGUUGUCCUGAGCCUGAUUUUUUCACGAUAUUCGCGAAACGUAACGCAUAUUUGGAUUUUGUUAUUUUGAAAAUGAUACAGCUAUUUAAAGUUAAUCCGAAUCCCAAUUACGUUCUUCGCGAGGAUGUUUCGAUAAAAAGAAAGUCGCUCGGGACUGUUUUCGUUGGAUUUCGAAAUUUGUACACUGGAAAGAAGAAAGAGAACCAAAGAAAUGACCGAUUAACACAUUCACCUUUUGGUUUAGGUACUUUAGGACUUAGGACUGUACACGGGUUACAGGGUAACGUGUUUUCGCUUUUCCAGUUCUUCUAAUCCGAAUUGGCACGAUACUUUUUACGAGAUACGUUUGAAAUUUCAUCAAGGUUCUUCACAAACACUUUCUGUUCGGAUUUCGAAUUUCAACAUAACUUGUAUAUACAGAGACUGAUUGAACAAUUGCUUUUUAUCGCCGUUACUUUCAUUCAAGUGUAAAAUGCCAUUCGAUAAUGUAGCUUUAUAAACUUUUAUCGCGAACCUUAGUCAUCCCUUUGCACUCCUAACACCAGCUGUACUGUCUAGGCACUCAGAGGCGUACUGCUCAAAUACUUAGAGGCAUCGUACUCCAAGUAAUAAAAUAAAUGUAACAUUUCCCUUAAACUAUGUUAAUUCAUGUAUGCUUGCGUUUGGUUAAUAUAAAUUUUAAGUAUGUAGUCUAAAAAAUUGUCAAGAUAAUUUCGUGAUCAUUGAGUAACUCAUUAGUAGUUGAAUUAUUUGGAGUGCACAGGGUUAAUAUAUUUAAUGCCAAACGUUGACAUACGAACGAAAACUAACGCUUCUGACAAAAAAAGCUAUUUAUCUCGUGGAAGAGUGGUAACAUCUGAAGUAUGAGUUCUAGCGAAACAUUACGAUUAUUAAUAAUAAAAUCGCCGAGUUAAUACAAGAAUGUCUAUUAACGAAUAACGAAAAUCGAUGUCAUAAUCAUGAUCGAAUGAAAAUCGAACAAAAAUGUUGCGAAAGAUUGAAACGAAUAUAUGUCAUGACAUCGGAAAUAUUUUUGUAAAACGAUAGAGAUGACCAUGUGUCCAUUAAAUAACGGAACUUUUUAAUAAUGUAACAUACUGAUGUGUAUAAAUAAAGAAUAUCUACAAAUCUA